AUGUCUCUUGCGGCAGAGGCUUUCGUGUCGCAGAUGGCAGCUGCUGAGCCUUGGCCUGAAACUGCAACCUUGUACCAACCGCUGAAGGAAGAUCAGAUUUUGCUGUCAGACUGCGCCUCAUCUCUUGCUGUUCAGGCAUACCUCAGGAUGUGCGGUCUACCAGUGCAGGUGGCUUGCAGAGCAAAUGCUGAAUACAUGUCACCUUCUGGUAAGAUUCCCUUUAUCCACGUAGGGAACCAAGUCGUGUCUGAACUGGCACCGAUAGUGCAAUUCACCAAAGCUAAGGGUCAUUCUUUGAGCGAUGGCUUAGAUGAUGUUCAGAGAGCUGAAAUGAAAGCCUACAUGGAGCUGGUCAACAACAUGCUGCUUACUGCUGAGUUGUAUAUCCAGUGGUGUGAUGAGGCUACAGCUGCUGAGAUCUCCCGCCCCAGAUACAGCAGUCCUUACUCGUGGCCUCUCAGUAACAUCCUUGCUUAUCAGAAGCAGUGGGAGGUUCGCAGGAAGAUGAACGCCAUCGGCUGGGGAGGGAAAACCCUGGAGCAGGUUUAUGAGGAUGUGAGUCAGUGCUGCCAGGCUCUCUCCCAGAGGCUGGGAACACAACCAUACUUCUUUAAUAAACAGCCUACAGAACUGGAUGCGUUGGUGUUUGGUCACCUCUUCACAAUACUGACCACCAGGCUGACCAGCACUGAGCUGGCAGAGAGGAUCAAGAGCUACAGCAACCUGCUGUCCUUCUGCAGACGCAUCGAACAGACCUACUUUGAAGACAAGACCUCUUGAGUGACUUUAAAAUAACCUGUGUAUUAAACCUUGUACAUUAUGUCCUUCCUUCUCUCAUUCCCUCACUGUAGCACUGAGAAGCUUAUUUUCACAUACCUGUCCCUAUGUGAUUUUUUCCCCUUUCCUUCUCCCUUUUGCUUCAAACAUUGUUGCAUGAUGCUGAUAGGAAUCCAGAGGAGCCACUUCUUUUAAGGAAUAAGAUGUAUCUACUGCAAAUAAAUAAAUAUACCAGCAAGGGAGUGCUUACAUAUAAGUCCAUGCAUGGCUGGCAUCAGAGUACCCCAACAUCACAGUAAAGAUGAUUCUCUUAAAAAAAUAUUUCACAGUUAAACACAGAAUAAAUAUGGAUGUUGGCGAGAACACACCACGUGCGCUAGUCAGUCUGAUAUGCAUAACUGUUUUAGAUGAAGUGCUUCAGGAAAGCACCAAAUUAGUUUUCAGUAGACCAUGGCGCCUUUAAGAUCACAACAAGCAUAUUGAUGAUAAUAAUGCAACUCUUCACAAAUCCCAGAAGGUGAUGAUAAGGAUGUGACUUAUUCCUUAGUUUUUCCAACAUUGUUUUAUUUCUGUGAAUUGAAAGUGCCUACAAAAUAAAAGUCGUUGAAUUUAUAUUUUUGUUGUUUAUUUUCUUCCCAGUAUAGCAUGGAAGUUAUUUAUUUGAUGUUGGAUUUCAUAACAGAAAUGUAUAAUAAUUACAAAAUUACACCAGU